AUGUUCCUCCAAACCAAGCCCUUGACCACUCAGCUUGCCCUCAAGCUCGCCGCCGCCGCCUCCGUUUUCCUCGCCCUCCUCUUCUUCUUCCUGCCACACGAUGCGACUUCCCGUAUCAUCUCGACCCCCCGCGUGGACCUCACCGCCGACCGCCCCUCGUCCCCGGCACCCUCCGGGCCACCCCCGACGCCCCGCGAUGUGAUCCCCAACACGGUCCACUUCGUCUACAUCCUCCCCGACGGGGCCGACAACUUCAACUUCCAGUUCAGCCACUUCCUCUCCCUCUACGCCGCCUGGCACCACUGGCGCCCGGACACCAUCUACCUGCACACCAACGUCGACACCACCGGGCCCGAGAUCGCCCGCGCCCGCAACGGCACCGCGGGCAAAUGGAACGGCCACAUCUUCAGCCGCGACCUGGGCUUCGACCUGCGCGUCAACACCGUGCCCGUGCCCACCCACGCCGGCAACGGCAUGGAACUCCAAAACAUGGAGCACCGCUCCGACUUUGUGCGCGUGAAAGCCGUCCACGACCUCGGCGGCGUCUACAUCGACUGGGACGUGCACGCGCUGCGCGACCUGCGACCCCUGCGCGAGAGCGGCUUCCGCGCCGUCGCCGGCCGCCAGCUGGGCGGGCAGAUCAACAGCGGCACCUUCUUGUCGACCCGGGCGGGGCGCAUGAUCGCCCUCUGGAUGGACGGCAUGCACAAGGCCUACACGGGCGGCUGGACCACCCACUCCAACGAGGUCAUCACCCGCGUGGGGCAGCGCCUGGUGCGUGACCCGGCGGAGCGCGAGAUGCUGAUCAUGGAGCGCGAGGCGUUUGCGCCGGGGAGUUGGACGGCUGAGGAUACGGAUGAGUUGUUUGGGGUACGCAACGUUACGAGCAAUCUGGCGAACUAUACCGCGGGGAUGGCGCUGCCGGAGUAUGAGGAGGAAUUUGAGGCGCGGUGGGAUAGACCGGAGGAUUUCCCUGAUUGGGAGAGGGAUUGGUCGUAUACCUACCUGCUGCACGCGUUUACGCCGGACCGGUGGUCGCAUAAGGUCGAGGGGUUCGAGCACAUCACGCCGCGAUAUGUGCUGGAGAGGCAGAGCAACUUUGCGAGGGCGGUGUAUCCGAUCGCGAAGAUCAUGUACGACAAGGGGCUGAUCGGGGUUGAUGACUCGCAUGAGGGGUGA